UCUCUGGGGCCAGGAAGACCCUGCUGCCCGGAAGAGCCUCAUGUUCCGUGGGGGCUGGGCGGACAUACAUAUACGGGCUCCAGGCUGAACGGCUCAGGCCACUUACACACCACUGCCUGAUAACCAUGCUGGCUGCCACCGUCCUGACCCUGGCCCUGCUGGGCAAUGCCCAUGCCUGCUCCAAAGGCACCUCGCACGAGGCAGGCAUCGUGUGCCGCAUCACCAAGCCUGCCCUCCUGGUGUUGAACCAAGAGACUGCCAAGGUGAUCCAGACCGCCUUCCAGCGAGCCAGCUACCCAGAUAUCACGGGCGAGAAGGCCAUGAUGCUCCUUGGCCAAGUCAAGUACGGGUUGCACAACAUCCAGAUCAGCCACUUGUCCAUCGCCAGCAGCCAGGUGGAGCUGCUGGAAGCCAAGUCCAUUGAUGUCUCCAUUCAGAACGUGUCUGUGGUCUUCAAGGGGACCCUGAAGUAUGGCUACACCACUGCCUGGUGGCUGGGUAUUGAUCAGUCCAUUGACUUCGAGAUUGACUCUGCCAUUGACCUCCAGAUCAACACACAGCUGACCUGUGACUCUGGUAGAGUGCGGACCGAUGCCCCUGACUGCUACCUGUCUUUCCAUAAGCUGCUCCUGCAUCUCCAAGGGGAGCGAGAGCCUGGGUGGAUCAAGCAGCUGUUCACAAAUUUCAUCUCCUUCACCCUGAAGCUGGUCCUGAAGGGACAGAUCUGCAAAGAGAUCAACGUCAUCUCUAACAUCAUGGCCGAUUUUGUCCAGACAAGGGCUGCCAGCAUCCUUUCAGAUGGAGACAUUGGGGUGGACAUUUCCCUGACAGGUGAUCCCGUCAUCACAGCCUCCUACCUGGAGUCCCAUCACAAGGGUCAUUUCAUCUACAAGAAUGUCUCAGAGGACCUCCCCCUCCCCACCUUCUCGCCCGCACUGCUGGGGGACUCCCGCAUGCUGUACUUCUGGUUCUCUGAGCGAGUCUUCCACUCCCUGGCCAAGGUAACUUUCCAGGAUGGCCGCCUCAUGCUCAGCCUGAUGGGAGACGAGUUCAAGGCAGUGCUGGAGACCUGGGGCUUCAACACCAACCAGGAAAUCUUCCAAGAGGUUGUCGGCGGCUUCCCCAGCCAGGCCCAAGUCACCGUCCACUGCCUCAAGAUGCCCAAGAUCUCCUGCCAAGACAAGGGAGUCGUGGUCAAUUCUUCAGUGAUGGUGAAAUUCCUCUUUCCACGCCCAGACCAGCAACAUUCUGUAGCUUACACAUUUGAAGAGGAUAUCGUGACUACCAUCCAGGCCUCCUAUUCUAAGAAAAAGCUCUUCUUAAGCCUCUUGGAUUUCCAGAUUACACCAAAGACUGUUUCCAACUUGACUGAGAGCAGCUCCGAGUCCAUCCAGAGCUUCCUGCAGUCAAUGAUCACCACUGUGGGCAUCCCUGAGGUCAUGUCUCGGCUCGAGGUAGUGUUUACAGCCCUCAUGAACAGCAAAGGCCUGAGCCUCUUCGACAUCAUCAACCCCGAGAUUAUCACUCGAGAUGGCUUCCUGCUGCUGCAGAUGGACUUUGGCUUCCCUGAGCACCUGCUGGUGGAUUUCCUCCAGAGCUUGAGCUAGAAGUCUCCAAGGAGGUUGGGAUGGGGCUUGUAGCAGAAGGCAAGCACCAGGCUCACAGCUGGAACCCUGGUGUCUCCUCCAGCGUGGUGGAAGUUGGGUUAGGAGUGCGGAGAUGGAGAUUGGCUCCCAACUCCUCCCUAUCCUAAAGGCCCACUGGCAUUAAAGUGCUGUAUCCAAGA